AUGAGUGAAAUUCCUAUGUGCCUUUUUAUUGCCUGCUCAACGAGAGAUAACACGAGCCGAGAAUACAUCUACACAAUAUUGAAGAACCGAUUGUUAGGAAGCCAUGCUUGUAUUGAUACAAACAUCCUGGAUGUACCAACAAAUUUAAAAUUUUGCUCAUUUGAUGAUCUUCUAAAAUGUGCAGAUGAUUUGCAAAAAUAUGAGAGUUAUGCAUACGGAUGUUUAAAAAAAAUUGAAAAGACUGCAAAGGAGUAUGAUGAAAAUAUCGAAUUAAAAAUUAUAUACCAACGUCAACAUAUAAAUAUUGAUCAAUAUAUUAGACGGUUCAGUUGGGAUGAUGCAAAAUAUCCAAGGAAUAGAUCCUUAACAGAUACUAUAGAUGUAAUGGUUAAUAACAUAACUAAAUUAACAGAUGAAAUUCAAAUAAAAUCUAGUAUGCUUAAUGACUUAAAAGAAAAAAAAAAAAAAGAUUUGCCAAAAAAUGAUACGAAUAAUUUCUUUUUAAGAAAUUUAAAUGAAAUAUUAACUCCACAAACUGUUAGUCAAUCAGAUUUUAUCGAAACAGAAUAUUUGACAACAUUAAUUGCUUAUAUUCCAAAAAAUUCAGUUGAAGACUGGUUAAUGAGUUAUGAAAAAUUCUCAGAAUAUGUUGUACCGAGGUCGUCAAAACAAUUUAAUGGGUUAGUAGACCGAGAUGGUACUACCUUAUGGAAAGUUUUUGUGUUUAAAAAAUUUGCAGAAAAUUUUAAAGAAGCAGCAAAAUUGAAAAAAUUUGUUGUUAAAUCUUUUAAGUAUGAUGAGAAAAAGUAUAAUGAUAUUAUGGAAUCAAGAACCAAAGUAGAAGCAGAAAUUAUACGACAGGAAACAUUUCUACGUAGAAUGUGCUUGGCCGCUUUUUCAGAUAUUUUUAUUGCCUUCAUUCAUAUUAACAUACUUAGGGUUUUCUGUGAAUCGGUUCUUAGAUUUGGAGUUCCUCCGAAUUUUGCCUCCUUUAGCAUUCGAAUCAGUGGAGAAAGCAAGGAAAAAAAGGUUCGCAAAAAGUUGCAUGACAUUUUUUCCACAACAGAUUCUAUUGGUAAGAAUUACAUCAAGAAAUCCAAUGAAAAUGACGAGGAUAUAUAUCCCUAUGUUUCAGUUUCGUUCAAGAUAUGA